AAAAAAUCAAGGAAGCAAGAGUGAUCAAAUCUUGAGUAUGAUUUGGUAUGCUUAAGAUUAAGAAAAAGAAAGCUGGAGAAAAAGGAUGAUGAUUCCGGAUAACUCUUUUUCGUGGUUCAUCCUGGGCUGUCUCAAAGAAACCUAAAGCUCCUCCUUGGCCUAUGGACCUGGUCAUUUAAAGAUAGGCCCAUAUACAGUGUUGGAACAUCUAAAGGAAAUGGAGGGCCAGAGACUUCCUUGUCCACCUGUUUCCUUAGAAGACCCACCAGUUCAGCUGUCCUGCCUUCAGGCCAUUCCAGCAGCAUCAGAUCUCUUGCUGAGUCCCAUGAUUCUUCAGCCAGAACAAGCACUUGCUCAAACUGUAUAUUUAAAAGCGCUAACCAUUCCUUUUUACCAGCCUGUUCAAUCAAACCAUAAAUUUUCCAGAGUCCAGACAAAUAUCAACAUAGACAAUAGUAAUUUACCUUUAAUCCUCAAUCCACUUUUGCAUUCGAAAGGGACAGAUCAACUUCAGGCAAUCAUCCAGAAGCAACCUAGUACAAUAAACAUAGUUAGUCAUUUUUCACUUUUGCCGCAAAGUUCUUCUCCAGGUACACCAGCUGGAAGCCCAGGGAAGGCCAAAAGUUCUGGGAAGUACCUGUGUAAACAUUGUGGGCGUGACUGUCUGAAGCCAAGUGUCCUUGAGAAACAUAUGCGAUCACAUACAGGUGAGAGGCCUUUUCCAUGUACAACGUGUGGCAUUGCGUUUAAAACUCAAAGCAAUCUGUAUAAACACAGGAGAACUCAGACCCAUGUCAAUAAUGCCAGGGUGCCUUCAGAAUAUGAUAGCAGUAGUCUAUUAGAAGAGAAUGAGAAACUGACUGAGAUAGUUGCAUCCUCCCAGACCAUAGAAUCUCAUGAUAAAAACGAUGUCCAGCCAAGUGCAAGGAUUAGUUCUGUUGCUUCAGAACCCAGUGACAAACAUAUUCUUGCUACUUCAUUAUUGGAAACGCUCUUUGUUUCGGAAAGUCAGAAGAUGAAAACGGGUAACUCCUGUCAUGGAGAAAUAAAUCAGAAUGUCUUUGAAAAAGAGACCGCCAGAGAUGCCACAGAUCUACCUCAGAGAAAAAAGAUCCAGGAUCAAAGGUCUCCAACAGGAAGCAAACAUAGUCAGCUACAGAGACAGCAAGCUCUGUAUUCAGAGAAGCUAUGGAACAGCAGAUCUGUGGACACCAAGCUAAAAAAGUGCGAGAGCACCGACUCUGGUUAUCUGUCACGUUCUGAUAGUGUGGAACAUCAGACACCCUCGCCUGGCUUCCUGCACAGCCUUUGUAAACACAGCACAGAGUCAGAAGAUGAUGCAGCUGUCGCCAAUAAAUGCAUGACUUAUAGUUUCUCAAAAGUAGAUUCAACUGAGAAAACAGCAGGAGCCAUAACCCUGGAGAAAAAAAGGUUGGAAGAGCAUAUCUCAAGGCUAAUAUCUCAUAAUAAAGCAGUUGUGGAUGACACCCAGUUGGAUAGUGUUAGGCCCAGGAAAACAGUUCUAUCCAAACAAGGAAGCAUUGACUUGCCAAUGCCUUACAUGUACAAAGACUCAUUCCAUUUUGAUAUACGGCCUCCAGACAUCACCAAGAAAAAGAAUAUUUCUCUGCGCUCAGCCAAGUCUAUCUUCACUCCUGCGGAAAAAACUAAGCCAUUGGUUUUUCACUCAGUUCCCACUCAAUUCUCAACAACAAUUGACUGUGUGCCGGUUACAAGAAGUAACUCUCUGCCUUUUAUUGAGGGUACAAAGAAGAUGCAGGACCAGGCAGAUAGUUCAAAAUUGUCUUCUUUCACUAGAGUAUCCCCAGAUGUGGGUUUUUCUGGCUUGUUGCAUAGCAGCAAUUUAGACACAAAUAUGACAAAUGUUCUUAACAGCCACCCCCGGGCACUUGUUAGACAGGUGGCAGUAGAUGAUGUGCCAUUAAAUUAUAUGACUGAAUCUUCAACCUCUUUAGAGGAGCAAAAAGGUAAAGAGAAAUCUGAAGCUGGGAUGGAAGGAGCGAGCAGCAAGAAUAAGAAACCCAGUCAGAGAAAACUAAAAAUGUUUUCUCAGGAAAAAUGGCAAGUUUAUGGGGAUGAGACAUUUAAGAAAAUUUAUCAGAAGGUGAAAAGCAGUCAACCAACCAAAAAACAAAAAGGUAAUUUAACAAAUGUUUCAAACAUUUAUUCAGAUUCCAAGGAAACUGCCUGGGGGAAGGAAAUUACAUUGUCGAGAGAAGGCCGAAGCUCUGAAACUUCAUCACUAAUAGAUAUUGCUGCAAAAGCAAAUCCUGACACAUUGGAAAGUCAUUCCAAAGCUAGCCCUGUUGGUCACCCUCCUUUUUCUCAGGAGAAUUCAGGACGGUUGGCAGAAAUAAGAGAAAUGUGUUCAAUUGGUGACUGUGACCAACAUAGCAUGGCAAGUGAAACAUCGUAUGUUGAACAGCGAUGCCGAGACUUGCAUGUUUCAAAACACAACCGGAGUGGCAAUAAUAAAGCUUUGCCUUUAAGUAAAGGCUGUGAAUUGAAAGUCCAACUUAAGCAAACUCAGCUGGACUUUGCUACUCGGCAUGAUCAUGACUUAGAAGAUGCACAUGGACACAUUGCUGAAUGUGUACAAAAAUAUGAGGAUACUACAGCUAAUAGAAAAGGAUUCAGGGGGAAAGAAACUGCCCACCUUGGACACACAGCUUUAUCGGCACCACAGUGCAACACCAGUGAGCUGGUGUAUGAAUCUCAGAAGUUACCCUCAGAAAGGAAAAAGCCUAAGGUGGAUGAACUGAAAAACACAGAAAAUAUAACAUUUAAAAAUAGUAGUUCAACCGAGUUGGUUGUGAAACUGAUAGACUGUUAUAAUCUUAACAUAGUUGCUGCAGAAUCAGCAAAGGUCCCAGAUAAGGGGGGAAAAUGGACAGUAAUGGUAGGAACACCUGCUUCAGGUAGCAGUAUGGAAUGUGAGGAAGGAAUCCAACAUUCUAUAACAGUAUCUAAUGAUAGGGAUUGUAUUGUAAGUCUAACAGAUACAGCAAGUAUAUCUGCGACAUCAUUUCCUGAACAAUUCAAGACCGAUGUAACAGAGGAACACACCAGUAAUUUAUUUGCAAUAAAAAAACUCGCAUCUCGCACAGCAACAGAAGAAUUAUCAGACUGUAGAGACUCAGCACCAACCCACACUCAGCAUGUGGUAAGAAAUCAAGUGAUUUCUCAUCUAAAGAAAAAUGAUUUUCUUCCAAAGUACAUCCUAAAAUAUUCACAAGAAGGAAACAAUAUAGGUGUGCCAUUGUUUCUUACAAAAGAGCCAGAAAAUAUACCAUAUGUUUCAUUGUCAAGCAGCUCAACCAUUUCCCCGUAUCCUGCUUGUAACAAUAAACUACUUGAUAGUAAUUCCAUUGAUGUAACUUUGUGCCCUUUGCAAUUGGAUCUGAGUCAUCCAGCCAGAAGAAAAGAGCUAAAAUGGGACAUGCACACAACAUGGACACCUUUGGUAGCUCCUGCACCAGCUCUCCUUGAAGCAACAACAAUUACAACCAUGGUAGAUCAAAAAUGUCAUCUUCAAAGUGCAAGCAGGAAAGCUAAAGAUACACGUAAAGGAGACAGUAGAGACAACUUAGAUGAUCAAAGAUUGAUAACAAAAGAAGAUAAAUGUAUAGUUGCUUGCACAUCACACGUUCCUGGGAGGAAAGUAUGCUUUACCACAAUUUAUACAGGAGGGCUUUUCUUAUCAUCAGACAUGACUGGGCAAAAUUCAACCUUAAAGUUAAUACAAUCAGCGAAGAGUUCAGUAAUUUCACUCUCUUCAUUGGUGGAAAGGGCAGUUUUGUGUGAAAGUAGCGAGAAGGAAGUCAAGGAAUGGCAAUUGGAGACUAACCCUUUGCCAGGAUUUGAAAACUUGUCCACCUGUUCAGUUAGUCCAAAAUGUCUUUGCCAUUCUUCCAAUAUGCUUUAUUGUCAUGUGCUGUGUACUCAACCAAAGGAGAUUUGCUCUCAGCCCCAAUUAAGCAUAGAAUCUCAUGCAGGAAAAUUACAAAUCCCAAGUCUGAAUCUAUCCUUUCCAACUCUAAAUGCGGAGCCUCAGCUGACUUGGUGUUGCUUGUCAAGAAGCCUCCCACUUCCUAUUGAGCAAAAGGAAAUGAAAGAUUCUGCAUAUUCUUCUUUGUAUAUGAAUGAAAACUUCAUUUCAAAAUGUGGACAGUCCAUCUGCAAAAUGAAAAGCCAUGGGAAGGCUGCUAGGGAAGGCUGGGGAAUUGAAAAACCCCAAACACUGGUCUCUUCUCCACAAAGGCAGGAAACAGAGAAGAAGUACUUUUUAAACACUGGUGCUCAGGAGCUCUCCAAAAGCAUCCCAGAACUAGAAAAGAAAAAAGAAAAACUUUACAAAAGGAGAGAAAAGAGAAACUUAAAAAGGAUAAAAGUGAAGAUCAAUUCCAAGCGACAUGAAGAUCAUCACGCACAAAGACAUCGUCUUCUCAGAAGCCACCAGUCAAGCAAGCAAUGCUGGGCCUUGAGGACUUCCAGAAAGUGUUCCCGCAUCAAGGCUUCUGGCAUUUGGGAGCAUUGUGGAAAGUGCCAUUGUUUUCCAACGACUUCACUAGGAAAUGACAAACAUUUGCAACAGCCACAUUACAGCACAAUGGAUAAAGCAGCUUUCCAUUUGGAAGAGGAUGAAAUGAAACAAGACACACCUGGACUUAACAAAUGCUCAAGUGACAGCUUAUUUCUUCAAAGAAUUUCUACAAUCCGAGAAGUACCUACAUACUCCUGUCCAUCGUCUAAUAAUGUAUCAGCAGAAAAACCUAGCAGUCUAGAUAGUUGCUCCUUGGAAAUCUUUCCAAAAGAACAAAGCCCAGAUAUGGAUUCUGAGUACAACAGACCUUCUACUGAACCUUAUCAAUUGGAAUUCAAAGAUACAAAGAAGAACCAGCUAUGUAACUUUGUUGGAUGUCAGAUUACUAGACCUAUUUUUGUUUGUUCAAAAAGAGGCUGCAAUAAUUUAGAAUCAAAGGAUAAAAAUGUUAUCAUUCUAGAGCCCCCCAUUCCUAUUUCAGAAAGAACAGAACAAUUCAUGGAGAGAGAUUUGUAUCCUUUGAAACAGCAACAUGCUCCCACAUGCCAAAGUCUGUGUCCCGUUUCGCUCACAUCAAGACUUACCGAGAUGUCAGUUUCAACUAAAUCCUUACCUGGAACUCCAUCUAAACAAAAGCAAAGCUUGGAACCAAUGAAUAAGCCAAUUCAUUUGGAAUACGAUGACAUAAGCAGCAGUGAUGAUGAAGAUAGAUUAGUUAUAGAAAUCUAAGGAAUAAGUUACAUAUUAUUUAAAGGAGAGCUCAUCAUCAACCUGCCUUUCUCUUAUAUCUUAAGUCAAAAACUACGCCUGUGCAAAUAUUUGCCAAGGAUCUGGGCUUCUCUACAUGUGCAAUUAGUUGCACGUUUAAGCCCCAACGAGUUCACUACAUCAUUUCUCUCUUCAUCGAAUUCUCUAUACAAUCCCAUUUUAUCAUUUUCUCUAUUUAUACCACAGAAAGUAGACUAAGAAUCACUUUGCCUCCUUUGAGAAAUGGAAAGUUGGCCCUGAAGAUAGGAAAGCAACUUGUUUUCUCAGCUGCUCUUUGCUGCUUAUUUAUUCUAACUUUUCCCUUCCUCAAUUUUGCAUGAAAUCAGUGUCCUUAAAUCACUUUACAGCAUUUUUUUGUAUUGCACAAAUAGUCCGACAUCUCUUUUGGCAAACAACUCAAGCAUGCAUUGAUUUGUUUUGUGCCUUUUCUGUAGAGACCUGUACAUACUUCCUUAUCUCUUUGAUAUGCUAUCUUUUCUACAAUAGAAAGAUAUUCUUUGAUAUAUGGGCCGGAAUAGCUCAGGCUGUUAAGAAAGCCUGUUAUUAGAACACAGUAGCCUGCAAUUACUGCAGGUUCAAGCCCGGCCCAAGGUUGACUCAGCCUUUCAUCCUUUAUAAGGUAGGUAAAAUGAGGACCCAGAUUGUUGGGGGGGCAAUAAGUUGACUUUGUAAAAAAUAUACAAAUAGAAUGAGACUAUUGCCUUAUACACUGUAAGCCGCCCUGAGUCUUCGGAAAAGGGCGGGAUAUAAAUGUAAACAAAAAAAAUAAAUCUUGUUUCUCAGGUCAGUUGGGGAAAAUAUUUAUUAUGCCAAAUGAAAAUGCGCAGCUUUGUCAAAAAGAACUGAACGCAUAAACGAACAAGGUACUCCUUUCUUUCUUUCCUUUACAUACAUGUCAAAUCUGUGCACUAGGGUGGCUGUUAAACAUUUGUCCAAUUGAAUAUCAUGCGCUUUCCUAAACGCACUUCCAUUGCAUUAGAACACUGUUGUGAGGCAAUGGUCAUUUGUAGCUUAACUGUACUGUUGUAUUAUAUUUGUUUUAUAUUUAAUAUUUCAUAUAUCUUAACAAGCUAUUAAAACUUUCAUGUAAAAUUCAUAGGUGUCUUUCUUUGAGCAGGACACAGCUAGAGCAUAAUUUGCAGGUUGUUCCUAAUAUGCUAGCCCAGUAAGGCAACAGAGAAAAAAACAUUUCUGCAAAAUUAAAGCAUGAGCCUUCUGCUGAAUGUAUUAAUACUGAAAAUGAUGUUUGAUCAUCCAAAUUACUGAAAUGCCACCAUCUAUUUUUAUUUCUUGAAAUUGGAGUUAUGACCCAUUAUACAAUAUAUAUUGAUCUUUAUGCUUAUCUAUACAUUAUCUAAUUUUCUAAAUGCCUUUCCACAAUCUAUUUGUUUUUUAAAAAAAUGCAACAUGGGGUCAAAAGUCCAUGGCACAGAACAGUCAGACUGUUACGAACUUCGAAAAGCAGGUAGAUGGCUUCUGAAAGAUUUCCAGUUAAUAUUUUGGCUGCUUUUACAUAAUGCCUGAAAUUAGCCUUUAUCUUUAUGCACUCCAUGAAACUUUAAUAUGUAUAGCAGCAGAACACAAAAAUGGCUUAAAAACUGUAGUGUUGAAAUACAGAUGGAAAGGGAUGAACUGUAUUAUUCUUUACAGUGACUGGCUUUCUUUAACCUUCAAUUUCUAUAUCCUUAUGACUCAGUGUGAAAUUUACUCUUUAUUUUUGCGAUAUUUAUUUUGCCACAUGCAUAGAUGGAGAAACUAGACAGAGUAGGGACAGAAUAGAAACCACUGCCUAAUAGCCUUAGGCCCAUGUGAAAGUCAAAGUCUGUCAACAUAAAAACUACUGAUCAUUCCUCUACCCUCAUUUCUAAAAUUUCACAGGCACAGCUGUUUUCUAAUGCACUCAAUUUUUAAUCUGAAUCUGCAUUGUUAGCCUCAGCACAGCCCUUGAUUGCCCAAAUGGGCUGCUGAUCCAGUCUUGUUGCAUAGCAAUGGGAAGGCUGGCAAGAGUAUACAGAAGAGGGAAUUGUGAGUUGGAGUUCAGUUGCCAUGGCAAUAGGGAUGAGCAGAUCCUGGUUGUUUCCCUGGAGAUGGCAUACAGAUGGGUAGCCCACAGAGCCUCCAUGUGGGUAUUUGGAGUCAAAUUGAUAGUGGAAUCUAGAGAAACAUUUUGUGUUGCAUCAGCUUUGUGCUUUUUGCAUAAAAUCACACUGUACAAAGUCACUCUGGAGUCCCUUGGGAUUUUUUAGGCAGAAUGUACAACAACGCAAAAUGUUUUAGGUUUUGUUGCUGCUGAAUCAUUGCUGAUUUGAAAUUAUUUACCAGAAUAAUCAAAGCACAAGGAUUCUAAGUUUAAAAGAAUUUCUUUUUGUUCAUGCACAUCUUCGCAGGCAAAUAUUUCCCUCUGAAUAUUUUUUCAGUUAAGAUACCAAUUAAUAUACAACUAAUUGUACUCUGGCUAAUGUUUUGUCUGACUAAAAUGCUUAUGAAUUUCUGUGCUUCUACAGAAAUUCAGAUGUAAUUAAUUAUUAACAUUAUUAAUUAAAAUGGUUACAAAAAUUAAAAAUGUUCCAGAAUUAGCAGUAGCCCGUUUUGGAAAAAAUCAUUUAUACAAUAAUCAGAUAUUAUAAUGUGAAUUGAUGUGAUUCAUCCAUACUUUGUUCCAGAAAAUAACCUUAUUAGCGAAUACUAUAAUUAAUACCAUUUGGCUGUGGUACAAGACUUGCAAUCAUAGUCAAAUGUAACUGAACUUUCUUUUUGAGAAACAAAGCAUAUCAAAACAAUUAAAUGUGUUAUGAU